AAUUUGUUCGUUCCAUAAAUUUUGGUCGAAACUUCUUUGGAACGUCUUGAAUUUUUUCGGAGCAAAAAAGUUGUUCUACAUAAAACUACUAAAAAAUAUAAAUAUUGUUUUCACCGGUUUAUAGACGUUCAGAUUUCAUUCGACUCUUGCUGCAGACGAAAAAUCGAAAGCAUUGGCAAGAUGACUCAAAUGACACAAGACGAAAUAAUUAGCAACACCAAAACAGUGCUACAAGGCCUCGAAGCCUUGCGUGUGGAGCAUGUCUCCUUGAUGACUGGCAUGGGCGAAGCGCAUAGGGACAAUGAAAAAUCCGAUAUAGUGCGUAAAAAUAUUGAACAUAUUGAAUUGGGCCUAUCCGAGGCGCAGGUGAUGAUGGCUUUAGCCUCACAUUUGCAAAAUAUUGAGGCCGAAAAACAAAAACUAAAAACACAAGUACGACGUUUACAUCAAGAAAAUGCUUGGUUACGUGAUGAACUCGCUAAUACACAACAAAAAUUCCAAGCCUCCGAGCAGUUGGUAGCACAGCUGGAAGAGGAGAAGAAACAUCUCGAAUUCAUGGCAUCCGUUAAGAAGUAUGAUGAUAAUCAGGAGCAAGAAGAUUCAUGUGAAAAAUCACGUACCGACCCAGUUGUCGAACUAUUUCCCGAUGAGGAGAAUGAGGAGCGGAAUAAUAUGUCGCCAACACCGCCAAGUCAAUUUGCCAAUCAAACUGCUGGCUAUGAGAUACCAGCACGUUUACGUACUUUGCAUAACUUGGUGAUUCAAUAUGCAUCGCAAGGCAGAUAUGAAGUAGCGGUACCGCUUUGUAAACAAGCACUUGAAGAUUUGGAGAAGACUAGUGGCCACGACCAUCCUGAUGUGGCUACAAUGUUAAACAUCCUAGCUUUGGUGUAUCGCGAUCAGAACAAAUAUAAAGAGGCAGCAAAUCUACUCAACGACGCUUUAUCCAUUCGUGGCAAAACACUAGGUGAAAAUCAUCCGGCCGUUGCUGCUACCUUAAAUAAUUUAGCUGUUUUAUAUGGCAAACGCGGCAAGUAUAAAGACGCUGAACCACUAUGUAAACGUGCUUUGGAAAUUCGAGAGAAAGUACUCGGCAAAGAUCAUCCAGAUGUGGCGAAACAGUUGAAUAAUUUGGCUUUGCUAUGUCAAAAUCAAGGAAAAUACGAUGAAGUUGAAAAGUAUUACCAACGUGCAUUAGAAAUUUAUGAAUCGAAACUUGGUCCAGAUGAUUCGAAUGUCGCCAAAACAAAAAACAAUCUGGCUAGCUGCUAUCUGAAGCAGGGUAAAUACACAGAAGCCGAAAUCCUCUAUAAACAAGUCUUAACCCGUGCACACGAGCGUGAGUUUGGCGCUAUAGAUAGCAAAAAUAAGCCAAUCUGGCAGGUGGCCGAAGAGCGUGAAGAGCAUAAAUAUGAUAAUCGUGAUAACACACCAUAUGGCGAGUACGGUGGCUGGCACAAAGCGGCGAAAGUUGACUCUCCUACUGUUACGACAACACUAAAGAAUCUCGGUGCCCUAUACCGGCGACAGGGUAUGUUCGAGGCAGCCGAGACACUAGAGGACUGUGCGUUGCGUAGCAAAAAAGAAGCACUAGAUUUAGCGAAACAAACCAAAGUUGCACAACUGCUUACCAGCGGCGAAAAGAGGCGCUCAAGACAUUUCAAAGAAGAUGCUGAUAAUGAUGAGAAAGGAUACAAACCUUAAAUGAUUUAUAGCGGUGUCGGCCGGUCAGCAAUGUGCUACACAAGCUCACCAUAUUUGAUAAAAUAAAUAAAAUGAUAUUUUAAGUUUUUCUACACAAGUAACCAUAAAAAUAUUUAUUUACUCAUUCCUUAAUAAAGUUUGUUCACGCAAAUUAAAAUUUUCUGCUUGAAUAAAUACAGAUAUAAUAUACUAUA